AUGGCGGGCGUGCUGGGCUCCUGGCUGCACGGCGCUCCCAGGGGCGAGUGGCAUCCUCACGCCUGGAAGCUGGACCAGGUCAACGGAACUCGGUGCAGAUUUCCGAGGACCCGCAAGGGUCGCCAGAUCUACGACCCCUGCGGUGCGGCGCCCAACAACAAUCUUCAUCGAGUCCUCGGAUUCUUUACAGGAUUCUUCAACUUGACACUGGACAUUCAGACACUCUCCUUCCGGCUCUCCAGCGCGGCCGAGGUCCUGGUCUUCCGCCCGGCCUGGCUGGGCCUUGGAUGUGCCGGACCGGAAGACGUGCAUGACUCCGAGUUCCUGGGAGGCUAUCCGGUUCGUCUGGUUCAGCAAGGGCGAUACUUGCACCACUGGCUGAUCGUAAAUGCCACCUGCGGCACUAAGACAGCUUCCAUCGAGCUGCGGGUCUGGCCGCGCUGCGUGGAAGUGCACAGCAUCGGGGACGAGCCCGGCUUUUGGGCGACCUUUCUGGAGGACAGUUGGGGCCGCACCACGCAGCCCUCUGCUGGCUAUGCAGGGCUCAGCUUCUGCUGCUCCGGGUCCAGGUGUCAUUUCGCGAAGUUGUCCAUCCCGUCAGACUGCUGUCCGCUUGGCGAGUCUCAAUGUGGCUGGGGCCCGUCCGCAGUGUGCUCGGCGCCGCUGAACCUGACAAUGCAGAUGCAGCCUCCGCCAGCUGUGCGCAACAUAGAUAUACCAGGGCUUCGACCUGUGUGGGGCGAUGGCCAUGCCUGGCGUGUGCUGCUCGAGAGCGGCACGGACGCCUUUCAGAAUGACGCCUUCGAGGUUGUCAUGGAGAAUCCCCUGGAUGAAGCCGUCGACUACAGAAUCGUUUUUCACUACGCGGCGCCAAAGAAGAUUACAGGCGUGGCUGCCGUGCUGCGCCUCAAUCAGCGCCCUUCCGGCCAGCACCUGCAGCUGAGCAAGAACUGGCACACCAACGACUGCUUUUGGGGGCGAAUCCGCUACGAUGGAACGUGGUUCUCCGCAAUAGCAGAGCUACGACUGCCGGCGGGCGCUCAUAUCCAGGCGGAGCUUGUGGUUGCGUACCAGUUCUUCGGAGAGCUCCACACCGUCUCCCAUGCGCAACUCUCGCUGAUAGGCUGGGCAGGCUCCAAUGGUUUGUGGGAGGAGGUGGGCCUGGGAGCAGAGGGCGAGUCCAUCACUUACGAGCCAAACUUGCAGCAGAGGCGAGCCAUGGUCCUGGACACGCGACCCUUUCUGGUGUGUGCCAUGGACAUUCCCGACUGCGCAUGUCACAAGGAGACGAAUGCCAGCGGCGCCUUUGCAGAGAUGCGCUGCCAGAUGACACAGGCCGAAGGCUGCCGAGGAGAUGUCAACGUGACAGGGUGGACAGAGAACUCUGGUGGCUCUGACUUCUUGGUAGCGAUCAACGAGGAAGGGUCCUACCAGUACCUUACGAACGUCACGGCGAGGCAUACCUCCAAUGGCCCACUCCUCACCAACGCAAGCUAUCUUGGGGUCACAGCCGAUGGCGCCGUGCUCGUGGAGCGAACAGUCAGCACCUGGGCAACCAACGACCUGGCGCGGCACUUGCACAGCUUUACGUACCAAGUGCUGAGGAAUGUGAGCUACGCGCGGCUCGCCCUGUACGUCCUGGGUGCGGACUGGUACAACUUCGUGGCGGACCCCGGCUUUGCGCACGGUGAUGCCCACGGACUGAAAGGCACGGCCAUGAACCUUUCCUCUCAGCUGGAGCGCUUUGAAUACUCCAAGCUCCACCAGAAGGUGCCAUGCGGGGACCUGCCCUGCUGGUUUGCACUGCUCGACCCUUCACAGGCACGCCACGUGCACCGCGGCCUGGUGCUGCGGCGUUUCGAGGCGCGGCAAGGAGGUGGCUGGAGCGGCAAUUUGUCCAGUGACCAAAUUUCAGAAGCGGUGUUCUCCUUGCUGGGAGCAGACAACUACGGCGAGCGGACCUUGGGUUUGGAGCUGGGCCUUGCUGACAUGCAGCUCCAGGCCGGCGAUGUCAUCUCCGGCGACGUGGAGCUGCUUUUGUACCCCAAGAGCGCGCAGGUGCACUAUGGGCACAACUUGCACCUUGGUGGCCCACCCUGGCAGCUCGUCGCUGAGGCCCGUGACCCGAAGGUCGUGAUGGCAGAGGGCCACUUACAGCGGCUCUAUUUCCCGCGAGUAGCCGUCAAUGCUGCAGGCUACGCAGACUUCAGCUUGGACUUUGACUAUCCAGGAGUGCUGCCUGUGACCAUCGCUGGGGUCAAGGGUUUGCAGGGCUGCCUUUGCGGCGAAAGCGGCGAAGAGCUCGGAGGCCUGCAGGAAGGCGCUUUCCAAGUGGACUUUGUGCCAGAGGAAGGCUACGCCUACACCUACAGCCGCUGGACGGUGGAGCUGAACAGAUUUGAUGGAGAUGGGGUGGCAUUGCUGGACGCAGAACAGCACCAGGAUCGCAAUCGCCUCAGGCAGAUUUCAGUAUCCAUCGAGGAUCUGGAAAACCGGGCACGGAACGCACUUCUCAAGGGUGUCGAAACACUUGCACGCGAAGCUGCCGAAGCCAUUGCGGUACUGGAAGAUGAAAAGGCAGCCCUAGAGGCCGCCAUCCUCAAAUUCGACGAGGAUCUCUUGACCCUGACGGACCAGUUGCACCGGGCUCAGGGCAGGCUGCGCGCGCUCAAGCGCGGCGAACGAACCGCAGAAGUCCGACAGCAGAUCCAAAAGGCCCAGUCACUCGGCGCCGUUGCAGGCCAGUCCGCUCUUGUCAGGGCCGAGCACCAGCUGGACGACAUUCUGCAAGAGCAGGAGCGCAACCAGUUGGCAGACCGGGCUUUCGCGGAGCUCUCGCCCGCAGAAAGACCCGAAGCCGUGAUCGAGAAACUCGCCGAUGCCGAUUGCGGCGAUCCGGAAGCACUCGCAAAACACUCCCAGAACUGGAUCAUCUUCACCUGGGUCAGCUUUGGCAUAGCCGCGGUCAUGAUGGCCCUCGGGAUUUACAAUCUGGAAGCCAGUUUUUCGGCCAAGGGCUUUUACACCAUGGCCGCGAUCAUGCUGGUGCACACCUCGAUCACGCUCACCAAGACGCUGCGCGACCGGGACGAGUCCGAGAAACUUCACCACCGCAUUGAAGAUGCCAAGACAGAAAAGCUGCUUUUGGACAUCAACAGUCCCGAGCAAUCCUGA